AUGGCCCCUGUUCGUUCUCUUAUUAGAAAUUACAUGCUAUUUGCAUUGCAAAGAAGCAGUGCAGGGUGUCCUGUCUCACGUGAAGAUGAGGGAGUUUUGAAAACGCUUGCGGCGUACAAUUUUCUGAAACGUGAAUCGUUGCGCCUAAGGACUCUAGUGGUGCUAGCCAAAAGAAGAAUGAAGCGAAGGUGGUGGGUUCGACCCAUAUUUGCUGAUCGCAAGAUGGCAGGAGCCUGGUUUUCCUUAAUUCCUGUCAUGAAGGAAUUUGAUGCUGAAGUUUACUUCAACUUCCUUAGAAUGACACCAGAUUCUUUUGAUUGGCUGCUUGAAUUAAUUGGGCCUGUCAUCAGCAAGUCAUGUGAUCGUAGGGAGGUUAUCUCUGCAGGAGAGAGGCUGGCAAUAACGUUAAGGUACAUGGCUUCUGGUGACAGUCAGGUAUCUUUGUCGUACUUAUUCAGGGUUGCUGAUUGCACAAUUUCACAAAUUGUAACUGAAACAACUGCUGCAAUAUGGUAUGGCCUGAAAGGCUUUGUAUUUGAACCUAUCUGUGAAGAUUUCUGGAGAAGAAAAAGCGCAAAAUUUGAGUCAAUGUGGAACUUUCCCAUGUGUGUAGGAGCCAUUGACGGAAAACAUUGCUUUGUUCAGAAAUUUCCAAUGAUGGGGUCAGAAUGUUACAACUACAAGUACGGCAAUAGCCUUAUUCUACUUGCCAUCAGUGAUGCCAAGUACAAGUUUAUAAUUGUGGAUGUUGGCGCCAGAGGGAGAGAAAGUGAUGGCGGAGUCUUUGCACGCUCUGAAUUUGGACAGCUCUUUCUCAAUGAUCAGCUGAGGUUUCCCCCAGCAGUUUUCAAUUCUGAACUGGAUUGUAACCUUCCCUACGUCUUCCUUGGUGAUGCAGCAUUCCCAGGUGGCGCCCACUUACUGAAGCCCUUUGAGAACCGCUAUAUCCCGCCUGAAGAACAUGUGUUCAAUUACAGACUAUCAAGGGCCAGAAGAGUUGUUGCACUGUAA